CUUGCUGCGGUGCAGAAACCCACAGUGCAGACAAUAAAGUAUAAAUCCAAUUAACCUGACCGCCAUUAUGAAUCUGUGUUGUUUUAAGUGUCAGGGACUAGCCUGAUGGGAGACAAUGCUGGAGACAAGGUGCGUUUUUACCUGCUGGAGCAGGUGGGGAGACACGGAGGGCAAAUGAGGCAGGGGCUGACUGCUGGGACGCACGCUUGCUCAAGUGUAACACGCGCUUUCACGUGCACGCGCGCGCACUCACACUCUGACUCAUACAUAAAGGAGAGCAAACAGCUGGACUCUUUCGGGGGCAGACGGCAAAAAUGACAAGCAGGCGGGAUGCUGCGCUCCAUCCAAGCGGAGCCGGUUGCGCGGUUUUACGCGCGGCGGCAGGUCCGAGCUCACCCCAAAAGACCCCGAGCCUUCCUGAGCUUAUCCUGGUCAUGUCAGUGAUGCUGCUCGUCCCGGUCCAGCCUGCAUCAGCUCAUCCUCAGUGUCUGGACUUCGAGCCACCUUUCAAACCCCGCUGGCACCUGGAGUUCUGCACGCAGUAUGAGCAUUUUGGCUGCUGCGACCAGAAAACAGACAACAUGAUCGCGGAGAGAUACUGGGACAUAAUCGAGCAGCUGGAAGUGGCGGGUCAUGAGCUGUGUGUGGACAUGUUGAAGGAAAUCAUGUGCCAGGAGUGCUCUCCAUAUGCUGCCCACCUCUACGAUGCAGAAGACCCGUACACACCUAUCCGAGAGCUACCUGGCCUUUGCUUUGGCUACUGCUCUGAGUUUCAUGGUAAAUGCCGCCAUGUGGUUAAAUAUUUAACUGAGAACCAGCUGCUGCGGGACACCUCUGAGCGGGAUGUGUCCACUUUCUGCAGCGUUGUUGACCUGUCUGACCAGGACUACUGUUACCCCAAUGUUUUGAAGAGCUCUGACCUCAACAGCAACCUGGGACGGGUGGCAGAGGACCCAAGAGGGUGUCUCCAGCUGUGCCUGACAGAGGUGGCCAACAAUCUCAGGAACCCAGUGCUGAUGCUGCACAGCGGCGAUGACACACAUCGCAUGUUCAUUGCAGAGCAGUUGGGCUUCGUGUGGGUUUACCUGCGUGAUGGCAGCCGGCUGGAGCAGCCCUUCCUGGACAUGAGCGGGGAGGUGAUGACCACCCCCUGGCUGGGGGAUGAGAGGGGCUUCCUGGGCAUGGCCUUCCACCCCAAGUACCGGGUCAACGGACGCUUCUUCAUCUACUACUCUAUCCAGAUCAACAGUAAGCUGGAGAAAGUCAGAAUCAGUGAGAUGAAGGUGUCUGCCCACGAUAUGAACAUGGCUGAUCCUUACUCAGAGAGGGUCAUUUUAGAGAUCGAGGAGCCAGCCGCAAACCACAACGGGGGCCAGCUGCUGUUCGGCCUUGACGGAUAUUUGUACAUCUUCACUGGAGAUGGUGGGAAAGCUGGCGAUCCAUUCGGGAAGUACGGCAACGCACAAAACAAGAGCGCUCUGUUGGGAAAAGUCCUCCGCAUUGAUGUAGAUGGAAGUGACUCCACUGGGAAGCAGUACAGGAUCCCCCCUGAUAACCCAUUCGGCAGCGACCCAGACACUCGGCCAGAGGUGUACGCGUACGGGGUCAGAAACAUGUGGCGGUGCUCUGUGGACCGCGGAGACCUGGUCAGCCGCCACGGCAGGGGCAGGAUAUUCUGUGGAGACGUGGGUCAAAACCGCUACGAGGAAAUUGACAUCAUCGUGAAGGGAGGAAACUACGGCUGGAGAGCCAAAGAGGGCUUUGAGUGCUACGAUAUGAAACUGUGCCACAACUCCUCCUUGGAUGACAUCCUGCCUAUAUUUGCAUACAGCCAUCAUGUUGGGAAGUCUGUGACAGGGGGAUAUGUGUACAGAGGAUGUGAAUCACCCAAUCUGAAUGGCCUGUACAUUUUUGGAGACUUUAUGAGUGGUCAGAUCAUGGCGUUAGAGGAAGACAAAUCAACAGGAAGCUGGAGAGAGAGGAGAGUGUGUAUGGGCGACACAAAGACUUGCUCUUUUCCCGGACUCAUUAAUCAUCACCACAAGUUCAUCAUCUCGUUCGCUGAAGACGAAGCAGGGGAACUGUAUUUUUUGGCCACUGCGUACCCCAGUGCCAUGUCUCCUUUUGGAACUGUUUUCAAAUUCAUGGACCCUUCCAGGAGAGCACCGCCAGGGAAAUGUAAGAACAAGCCGCUGCCUGUGAAAGUGAGGGGGAAAAAGCUUCCCUUUGUGCCCAGGGAAUUGACCGUGCUGGACACGAAUGAAAAACCUACAAGACCACCACCAAGAAAAUUCAAACUCACCACCAAACCACCGGCCACGAGCAGCCUGGUCAAACCUACGAGGGCGGCAGCCAGCGUGACAACAAGCCCUCCUGCGAAGCAGAAAUGGAAAUCGCUCGAUAAGAAGGCGAAGAAGAAAAAUAAGCUGAAGCCAUGGAGGAAAAAGAAAGUGCUGAACAAGCAGGCAGCUAACGCACAAAUGAAGAAGAAUGCACUGAGGCAGAAAUCCAGGGGACAAUCCAAAAAGGCCGCUGUGGUAAAGCCCGUCAGCGACAAAGUAAAGCCAAAGACCAAUCACACUGCCACCGCUGAUUUAAAGAGCAACACUCUACAAACACCCAGCAGCCUGACAGAUAGCACAGUCCACACGAGGAAGACUCCCCAAAGGAAAAGUGCACAGAAGCAGACCAGACAAAACAGCAUCAAGCUGAAAGCAUUUCAUGCCUUCACAAACACAACUAAAGCAAACCUGAACGUGAAAACUAACAGAACGAUGCAAAACAAACUCCAGGUAAAAGGCAAGUGAACGAAACAUGCUGAAGCACUUUGAAACGUUAUUUCCUUCAUGUCCGAGUCAUUAUUUUGUCUGUUUCUGUUCGUGAAACAAUCAGUGUUGAUUGUCACGUUUUAAAGGAAUAGUUUGACAUUUCGGUAAAUGUGAUUAUUUGCUUUCCUGCCAAAACGUUAAGUGAGAAGACUGACGCCUCUCUCGACAGGAGCCAGCUAGCAGGUUAGCUUAGCACAAAGACAGGAAAUGGGCAACACAAGAGGGAUUCAUCCUCCAGGGCAGACAUGCAAGCUGCCUCCUCUGUAUCCAAUUUUUAUGCUAAGCUAAGCUAACUAGUUCAAGGUGAUGGCUUCAUAUUUAUUGCGCAGACUGGCGUCAAUCUUCUCAUUUAACGUUCAGCGAGACGUGAAUAAGCACAUUUCCUAAAAUGUUGGUCUAUUCCUUUAAAGUACAAAGCACAUUUAUUAUGCAUGUAAUGACACUGUUUCCUUUACAUUUUAUUCCUGACUGUUGUAAACCCAUCGGUCCAACUUACUCGCCACC